AUGGCUUCUAUUGAUGAUGAAAGUGGUUCGUCUAGUAAGAAAACAGUUGGUAAACGUGGUGUGACCCGAUUGCAAAAAAUUCACAAAGCCAAAAGCAAUGGAAAGAGAAUUGAGGUUCAAUGGAAUUCCAGAGGUCAACCAAUCAAGCAUAAUAGCAAGACUUUUGCUAGUUUCAUUGGUGUCACAGUUCGUCGGUUAGUUCCAAUAAGCUUGGACAAUUGGAGCGCGAAAAAAAAUAAAGAGGCUGUGGGGGUUUAUAAACAAAACAUUUGGGAAGAAAUUGAAAAAGCUUUUAUAAUUGGCGAGGAACAUCGUGCCUUUGUAUAUAGAGAAGCUGGAAAGUUGCACAGGGCAUUCAGAACAAAAAUGGCGAGGUCAUAUCUAAAAGAUAGUAAGGGUGGUUUUGUUAAACAUCGUCCGGCCAAAUAUUCUUUUUGUAUAAAACAAGAUGAUUGGGAUAAAUUUGUAGCCCAACAUAUGACUGCAAAGUUUCAGAAAGUUAGUGAUGAGAAUCGAGAAAGAGCGUUAAAUCCUCAACAUCCCUAUAGAAAGUCACGUUUAGGGUGUGCUCGUCUUGAAGCUGAUAUGGUAGAAGAGUCAGAAGUUGGUGAGAUAAACCGUAGUCAAGUGUGGAAGGCUGCCCGCGUCAAUAAGAGCGGGGUGAUUGAUAAUGAGAAUGUUCAAAGAGUUGUGGAUCAAUGUGAGAAGUUAACAGAAGCUCUAUCUGAAGAAGAGAGACAAGACCUUGGUCCCACAAACAUAUUAUUUGAGGCUCUUAAUCUCCCAAACUACUCUGGACGUGUUAGGACUUAUGGUUUUGGGGUAUGUUCUAGGGACAUAUUACCACGCCAAAAUCGCCCCACACAAAUGGAUUUUGAAAAAUUGUAUGGCUUUUGUAAUUCACUCAAAAGUAGAUUGGAGGUGCUAGAGAGAGAAAAGAUUGAGAGAGAUAAGUUGGAUAGAGAGAAGCUAGAGAGGCAACAAACUGAAGAAGUGGAAGAAAGGCAACAACCUAAACAAGUGUCAGAGAGGUUGCAACAACCUGAAAAAGUGGCACAGAGGCAACACCUUGAACAAGUGGUAGAAAGGAAACAACCAGAAAAAGUAGCUGAGAGUCGACUACCUAGUGAUAAAGGUUCUUGCAACCCUGGAUCAUUUGGCAACAUUCCCGAGGGUCUCUUUCCUGUUAAUAUAUAUUUAUCCUCCCCGAGUCGUUGUUUGGUUGCUCGUGGAAAACUAUAUAACACCAAAGGUAACACGGUACAUGGCAUGACGUUACCACCUGGAUAUGUCAAGGUUAAUAUCGAAGUUGCUAUUGUGCCAAAUGCCCCAUUGCCUAUAUCUGUUGAAGAUGGAGAUGUAUCCAUGGUUGGUCAAGCAAUAGGAACAAUUGUGCCAUGGCCAACGAAACUUCUUGAAUUUGUUGCUGAAUGUGAAAAGAUUCCUGGUCAAUCCCAAAACAAAGGUAACAAUAUUCAACACAGUGUUGAAUAUUCAGUUUCAUCACCCAACAAAAGUAACAAAAAAUUCAAAAUUGAAGAGUCUCCUAGAGUUGGCGGUUCAGCUGGUAUUGCAAAUUUACCUUUCCUUGAUAUGUAUGUGAAAAAGAUGAUGAGGGUUGGAUCAUUAAUUCAAAUAAAAAUGGAGGAAAGUAUAUUUGGUGAGGAGUUUUUAGAGCAACUACGUGUAGAGAGUAUAAAGGAGAUUCUUGAUCACAAUUGGUUAAGUGCAUCUAUUAUCACUGUAUUUUCCAGGUAUUUGUAUGACAAGUUUAUUAGUCCAAAUGGAUUAAUAAAUAAGUUCUCUUUCAUAUCUCCACAUGUAUCACGGGAGGAUAAUCUAGGAAAUGGUAUAGCAAAAAUACUUUUGAAAGAUGAGGAGUUCAAGGAUAAGAUGAUUCUUGCACCUUGUAAUCUAGGGAAACAUUGGGUGUUGCUUGUCAUCAAUCUCAAUGCUGAGGUGAUAUAUUACAUGGAUCCGUUGAAUGGUGAGCCAACAAAACAUCAAAAUUUUAAAACAAAGUUUGAGAACGCUUUGCAAAUUUAUCGUGCUAAUAGUAGUUCUAAAGUGCCUAAAGUGUCAAAGUCAAAGAAAAUCUCAUGGCAAAAAAUAAAGUGUCCUCGUCAAAUUAAUGGCGUUGAUUGUGGAUACUUUGUAAUGCGAUUUAUGAAAGAGGUCAUCAUGGAAAAUGAAUUUAUGAUCCCCACAAAUUACUUUUUUGACCACAAAUGUCGUACCUACUCUCAUGAUAAGUUAACUGAGGUUAAGGAGGAUUGGGCUACUUAUGUGGUGGAUGAUGUUUUCGGAAAACAAGAAGCAAUUAUUUUGCCUAAUUAG